GUCAUUUGUCGUUUUCGCGAUUCCGCUAAAUUUAUAUUUCCACAAACAUUGCAUUUAUUUCCAAUUAUAUAUUUCUGUUAAAUAAUAACAAUAAGGAUUACCAUAACUUUAUGACUACCGGUUACAUAAGGUUCCUUUAAUAUGAACAGUAUAUUAAGAUAUUCACUGAGGCCUGCGCUAAGCCGAUUCUUAUCAACCACACCAGUGAAACUAUGUGCUGUACCACCUAAAAGAAAACCUAAGAAUGUUAUUGGACCGAUAACAUGGAAGUCCAUGGCAGUAACAGCGGCAGUCGCUGGGGGACUUACCGGUUUUAUGAUGUAUGUAAGAAAAGAAAAACAAGACGCUGUUGAUCGCGAAAGAAAAAGACAAAUUGGAAAAGCAAAAAUAGGAGGCACAUUUGAAUUAGUGGAUCCACAAGGCAAACUAGUCAAAAGCACAGAUUUCCUUGGUAAAUGGAUGUUAAUUUAUUUUGGAUUUACACACUGCCCAGACAUAUGUCCGGAUGAAUUGGAGAAAUUAGCAGAAGUUGUGAACAUGCACGAUAAAAUGCCAUCCGCCCCACCACUUCAACCGCUAUUCAUAUCUGUGGACCCUCAAAGAGACACUCCAGAAAUGGUGGGAAAGUACUGCAAAGAAUUCACUCCAAGGUUGUUGGGGCUGUCUGGUACACUGGAGCAAGUGCAGAAGGCGUGCAAAUCCUAUCGUGUGUACUUUAGUGCUGGACCGCAGGAUGUCGAUAAUGAUUAUAUUGUGGACCACACAAUAAUUAUUUAUUUAGUGAAUCCUGAUGGCGAAUUUGUUGACUAUUAUGGACAAAACAGAACAGCCAAGGAUAUACAUGAAUCCAUGCUCGUUAAUAUUAAGAAAUAUGAGGAUGGAAAGAAGACUUCAUGGUUUUGAACAAUGCCAAUAGAUUUAUAGUUAAAUGCAAUCACUAAUUUAUUUUGUUAAAUAAAAACGACAAGUAUUA